AUGGGCAGAUCAAACUAUGAGCUGGUCGUGGAAUGCGAUAACUUCCCUUACUACGAGGACGACCGCGCCGCGUACACAGAGAACCUCAACAACUACCAUGCCUUCAAAGUCACUGGUUACGACGCCACUCUCGGGUACAUCUUGAACUCCGUGGUAGAGAAGUUUCCUUGGUCGGAGAGCAGCUGGAAAAUCGACUCCGGCGCUCGCACCGUGACACUUCUGACACCCGCAAACGCCGACCCCGCACUCCGAAGCAAAUUGGUGGCCGAGACAAUCACCGAAGCAGUCAAGCAAGACAAAUUUGAAAUUCUCAAAGGAUGGCGCAACGAGAAAUACCCCGUCUACGGACCGGGUGGUGAAUUCCUCCUCGAGAUGGAACGUUGCGCAUCCCCUUUGUUCGGUAUCGUCUCCUACGGUGCCCAUAUGACAGGCUACACACGCGACGAAUCCGGCUACAAGUUCUGGAUACCUCGUCGCGCAAAGACCAAGCAGACCUACCCCAGUCUCCUGGACAACACAGUCGCAGGCGGGAUGUGCACCGGCGAAAACCCUUUCGAGUGCAUCGUCCGCGAAGCAAUGGAAGAAGCCUCGCUGCCGGAAGAUAGAGUUCGUGCAGCAGUCGCUGCUCGCGGAUGUGUGACAUACUCGCAUGUGCGAGAUGCGCGGGCCGGCGGCGAGACGGGUCUCAUUCAGCCCGAGGUCGAAUACGUUUAUGAUCUUGAGUUGGAUGCAGAGACCAUUCCUAAGCCCUGUGAUGGCGAAGUUGAGGAGUUCAAGUUGUUAACUAUUCCCGAGGUCCGGGAGGCACUUGCUAAUGGCGAGUUCAAGCCCAAUUGUGCUACUAUUAUGAUUGACUUCUUUGUUCGGCAUGGCAUUUUGACUGCGGAGAAUGAGCCGGAUUUCUUGUUGAUUGUAGCGGGUUUGCAUCGUCGCUUGGAAUACCCCACUGCAUCGCAUUGUGCGAGGUAG